UAAGGGCGAGGACUUUCUCAAACAUUAACGAAACAUUAAUUGGAAACUAUUACACUCAGAUAAUUGCUCGUAAAAUGAAAUGCUUAUCAUCAAAACAUGUCAAUUUAUUUUUAAGUAUUGAUCGAAAUUCGCACUGGCACAUUCAAGUUUAGACCCUACUAGUAAAACGUAUACAAUUUACCAUUGCGAUACGGAUGAAGAUUAUACCAGGGGAUUUUGCAUCACAAAUUCAAACAACAUAUUGGUUUUCGAAACAGAUGAAAUAGAGGGUUAAUUGACGUGAUUUCAUUACGUAGGGAUGAGUAAGCGACUUUAAAAGCGACUUGGGACAACGACAAUAUCGAUGAAAACUAUCACGUUAAUGUCAUCCCUGACACCAAGUAUGAAAACAGGUUGGAUUUUACUCUUGAUAUUUUGGCGAACUCCAACUAGUAUUGGGGAAAUCUACAAUUAUCAUGAUAACAUCAUAAUUGAUCUAAUCAGUGCCACAUUUGCGCAGAGUAUCCAAAUGUGUGCAAUCCAUUGCGCGAUGAAGAGCAACCAAUGUACCUGUUUCCAUUACAAUUCGUUAAAUGAAUGUUAUCUACUAAAUACAGCUGGGAGACUACCACAGUCUCGAGGAAGUACAGGACAUGCUCUAUACUGUAGUUCAGAUGCUAGUAUCGGCGGCGCCUACCUUGGGUGUUUUGCAGACGUUUAUUGGGACAGGGAUCUACAUAAAUUGACAGCGACAGUGGGUGCCUUGACUCCACAAGCUUGCAUAGACGCCUGCCGAAACCUUGACCAAGGAUACCUUUAUGCUGGACUCCAGAAUGGUGGAGGAUGUCAUUGCGGUACAAAUUAUGGAAAAUACGGACCUUCCACAAGCUGUGACAAGGCCUGCCCUGGUGAUAGCACGCAAAUAUGCGGAGGUUACAACGCAAACAACAUAUAUGCCGUUUAAGUUAAAUCACUUGGGACUAUUAUCAAUUUUUAUAAAGACUUUUCAAUGGAAAUGGAUAUUUUCUAUGACAAGAUUUUCAAUCUUGAACGUUUGCUUUUGAAAUACUUUUUUCAAGUGAUUUGUGAGUUUAUUUCAAAGUGUUAAUUGUCGCACUGAAAAUGUCAGCUUCUCUUAUUUGACUGGUCGAAAAUAAUGGUGACAAUCGAAACGUGACUUCUGGGAAGACAAUAAAGAUAUUCUUUGGGUGAAUUAUAUGAUAAUUUUAUGAAUGAAUAAACGCACGGAGCACACCGCGUCUCGAACUCGCAACCUCGUGGUUACGGCGCCCAAUCGCCUAGCCUGAACAAAUAUUCA